GUUUUCUUUUUUCCAUUACCCCCACCCCCUCCCUCUUUUCCAGCCAGUAAAGAGUGUGUCUGCCCCUUUGAACCUCCAGUACAGCGCCUGCGGCUGCACACACACCCCCCAGACACACACACCGCCGGCUAUAAAUAAGUUAAGAGCCGGGCAGAGGGCGAGCAGUGCGCGUCUCCCGGCGGGACAAGAGGCUGGGACAGCCCCGCCGAGCCUUCCCAGCGGCUCAGCCCGGCCCACGGGAGCCGGACCCGCGGGUGCCAUGGCGUGCGUGGAGCGCUGCUGCCGCUGCUGCGCGGAGGGCAGACGGCACAGCAGCAUCCUCUACAGCAUCCUACGGAGCCAGGAGCGCCAGGAGCGGGCGGCUCCGGCGGGGCAGGCUCCCCGCGGCUGCCCCUGCGGGUCGAGGCGGCGGGUGGCCCUGCGGAGCCCGCAGGUGGUUUGCAAGGCGGCCUCGGCCGUGCUGGUGAAGACGCUGCGCUUCGUCCAGAACGUGCCCUGCUUCCAGGAGCUGCCUCUGGAGGAGCAGCUGCUGCUGGUCCGCAGCUGCUGGGCUCCCCUGCUGCUGCUGGGGCUGGCGCAGGACCGGGUGCCCGUGGAGACGGUGGAGAGCGCGGAGCCCAGCAUGCUGCAGCGCAUCCUCACGGCCCGGCGGCACGGAGAGCAGCCCCCGACGCGGGCAUCCGCCCCUCCGCCGGGCCGGCAGCACCACGGCCCGCACCUGCCCUCGGCCGGAGAGAUCCAGGCCAUCAAGGGCUUCCUGGCCAAGUGCUGGAGCCUGGACAUCAGCACCAAAGAGUACGCUUACCUCAAGGGGACGGUGCUCUUCAACCCGGAUCUACCUGGACUGCAAUGUACACAAUACAUUGAAGGACUGCAGAGGGAAGCACAACAAGCUCUGAAUGAACAUGUUAGACUCAUUCACAGAGGUGAUGAAGCCAGAUUUGCCAAGCUGAAUGUUGUUUUAUCCUUGUUAAGAUCUAUUAAUGCUGAUGUGAUGGCUGAAUUGUUCUUCAGGCCCAUCAUUGGAGCGGUGAACAUGGAUGACAUGCUUUUGGAAAUGCUUUGUGCAAAAUUAUAAAGGCAUGUAAAAUAAUGAAAGUAAGUCCAGUGCAAAGGAAGCCCUAGAGCAGAAUAGUGUAAAGUAUUGUAAAUAAACUAACUUAUUGUUUUUA